AUGUCUGACGACCACCGCACCGAGCGAGCGGGCUCUUUCGCCUCAUCCUCCACCGACGCCGCAACUCUCCACGAGCUGACCAAGUUGGAUCCGAUGGAGGAUAGCGUCCAUAACCUCAAGUCGCAAGACGAUGAGGAGGUGGGCACCCAGGAGGAUGAGAAGCUCCUGCCAAAGGCGAAUGAGAAGGAGGAACCCCAGAAGUCCAGUCUGACUUCAGCCAUCGUCUGGAUGACCGUCAACACCUUGGCGACGAUUGGAAUCGUCUUCACAAACAAAGCCAUCUUCUCCGAUCCCCAGUGGAAGCUCUGCCAGCUCACAUUCGCGAGUUUCCACUUUCUAGUGACCUUUGGCACGCUGUUCGUCCUCUCACGCCCUACUUUUGCGUACUUCACCCCGCGCCGCGCCGCCAUUAGGGACUUGCUGCCGUUGUCUGUGGCCAUGUGCCUCAACGUCAUCUUGCCGAACCUCUCGCUGGCCUUUUCUUCGGUGACAUUCUAUCAGAUUGCCCGGAUCCUGCUGACGCCGACCGUCGCGCUCAUGAACUAUGUGCUCUAUAAGGCGACACUGCCCAGGAAUGCGAUAUUGGCGCUUAUUCCGGCAUGCUUCGGAGUCGGCAUGGUUUCUUACUACGACUCCCUGCCUACCAAGGACGACAAGGUCAAGACGACUUCCACCUUGGGUGUCUUCUUCGCCUUUUCUGGCAUUUUCGCUUCGUCUCUCUACACUGUCUGGAUCGCCAGCUACCACCGUAAGCUGCAGAUGUCCAGCAUGCAGCUUUUGUACAACCAGGCCCCCAUCGCCUCCUUCAUGCUCCUCUACAUCAUCCCCUUUGUCGAUACUUUCCCCGACUGGGUCAACGUCCCUGGCAACCGCUGGAUCAUGAUUGGAAUGUCUGGCGCUUUCGCCUCGCUCAUUAACAUUUCUCAAUUCUUCAUCAUCGCCCAGACCGGUCCGGUGUCGAGCACCGUUGUCGGCCAUCUCAAGACUUGCACCAUUGUUGCCCUUGGCUGGAUGGUUUCAGGCAGAGCCAUUGGCGACAAGUCUGUUCUUGGUGUCUUUGUCGCCAUUGGUGGCAUCAUUGCCUACUCCGUCGUCAUGCUUCAACACCAGCGCAACCAGCGCAAGUAG